AUGUUCACGGUUCAGGAGAUAGACCAAGGAGCCACAUCCGGCCGAUCUAGGUCAAGCAAAUGGCCGACAAAACCAAAUCACGGCAUAGGCGCACCCACCGGCUGGAAAACACUUCAUGGAGCUUCAUUAACACAUUUCCAAAGGAAUAUCCCAAAACGAACUAGCCAAACUCAAGGAUGGACAAGAAACCUCUUCCUGGAGCCGAUUGGACCACUUUGUGAAGGAUCUCUCAAAACGCUCGUUAGAAUGAUCUCCAACUUCACCAAUGGGCAUAAAAUAUCAGGUUGGUCGAUGAAAUUUCAAUAUGGGUCGAGGAAUUCUUCAUGGUUUGUUCUGGGUUCAUAG